UCACAAAACAUUUUUUUUUUCUCAUACAAUUAAAAUGAGGAAAUAAGUUACAUUGUGAAUAAAAUAUUUCAUUAAAAUAAAUAAAUAUACUAAAUUAAUAUGAACUAAAAACCUUUCUAAGAGUUGCGGUACUUCGUCUUUAGUAAUAAAACCAUUUUAAUAAAAUAACCGCUUUAAAGUACCUACAAAGUACAAACUAAAAUAAAUAUACCGCUAGAAUGUUUAACAUGGACAAAUGAAUGAAUAUAUUUAAUUGCAGUUUAUAGUUAAGGUGUUUCUAGUGUAGAAGUAAAACGUAAUAUUAGUGAUUACAUAAAUCGAUAGCUACAAUCAUGUCGAUGCCACAUAGCAGUUCCAGCACUAGUUCCAGCACAAAACGCAAGGAAAUAUACAAGUACCAAGCACCAUGGCCGCUGUACUCAAUGAACUGGUCGGUGCGACCUGACAAAAGGUUCCGCCUGGCUCUGGGGAGUUUCGUGGAAGAAUACAACAAUAAAGUACAAAUAAUUUCACUCGAUGAGGAGACAAGUGAGUUCAGUGCCAAGUCCACCUUUGACCACCCGUACCCCACCACCAAGAUCAUGUGGAUACCUGACAGCAAGGGCGUGUACCCCGACUUGCUGGCCACUAGUGGCGACUACCUCCGCAUAUGGCGUGCGGGCGAACCGUACACUCUAUUUGAGUGUGUGCUCAACAACAACAAGAACUCUGACUUCUGUGCACCGCUCACAUCCUUCGACUGGAACGAGGUGGACCCCAACCUGAUUGGCACCAGCAGCAUCGACACCACCUGCACCAUCUGGGGGCUGGAGACCGGCCAGAUGCUGGGCCGCGUCAACGAGGUCACAGGCCAUGUCAAGACUCAGCUCAUUGCACAUGACAAGGAGGUGUACGACAUCGCGUUCAGCCGCGCGGGCGGCGGGCGCGACAUGUUCGCGUCGGUGGGCGCCGACGGCUCCGUGCGCAUGUUCGACCUGCGCCACCUCGAGCACUCCACCAUCAUCUACGAGGACCCGCAGCACACGCCGCUGCUGCGGCUGGCGUGGAACAAGCAGGACCCCAACUACCUGGCCACCAUCGCGAUGGACGCGUGCGAGGUGAUCAUCCUCGACGUGCGCGUGCCGUGCACGCCGGUGGCGCGGCUCAACAACCACCGCGCCUGCGUCAACGGCAUCGCGUGGGCGCCGCACAGCUCGUGCCACAUCUGCACCGCGGGCGACGACCACCAGGCGCUCAUCUGGGACAUCCAGCAGAUGCCGCGCGCCAUCGAGGACCCCAUCCUGGCGUACACGGCGGCCGAGGGCGAGGUCAACCAGAUCCAGUGGGGCGCCACGCAGCCCGACUGGAUCGCCAUCUGCUACAACCGCCACACCGAGAUACUGCGCGUGUAAACCGUGCUUUGUUACCCCUGACAGCUUGAGUAUUGACUGGAGGCCAUGUACGUGGAUAUAAUGUUAGUACAUACAGUGCGAUGCACACUUUGUGACGUUUCGGGAUAUCGUGCGUGUAGUUGCGCAAUGCAAAAUUUUAGGUAUCAGCGGGAACGUAGCGACGCAUGCAGGGCAUCCACGCGUUUUAAUUUUAUCGUACUUUAUUACCUGUGCAUAGCGAAAGCGACACUCGCGUCUAAAUUCCGAGAUGUCAUAAAAUUGUGUCUAAUUCUGUAUGGUAUUUUAUCGGUAAAGGCGAUUUUUAGUUUACCCACUCCACAAAUAGUAUUUAUUAUCACAGUUUGUUACCCCUGACUGCUUAAACCUUGUAUUGACUGCUGCCUGUUUACAAUGUACAUAAAUGUAAACAGUUGUCACUAUAGAAGCUGGUAAACGAGUUUUAGUUUACGUUACACAAAUAAUAUGUACCACCACAGUUUGUUACCCCUGAUAGCCUUGUGUAAUAGGUGACCACUUUCAUUGCUGAUUAUUGUAAAAACAGGGUUGUUAUUAUUUAUGUUCUUAUUACUUUUAGUUUACAAAAAUGUUUAUUAUCAGGAUUACACAAAACAUUAUUAUUUGUGUAAGUAAAUUUAUGUCAAUAUUUAUAAUUCCAUUAUAACAUUAAGACUGAAAAUCUAAUCUGACAAAUUCUUGAAAUGAAAUUUUAAACCUUUUUGCAAUAUUGUUGAAAAUAUUAAUUGGAUUUGCUUUUUUAAUUAUUAUUUUUAAAAUGUGUAAAAAAUUACUUCUGACGAGAAUAAUAUUAUGACGUAAUUAAAACCGAUUUUGAAAAUUAUGAAUAUUUUGUUCCUGGGCCCAAAGUCUAAGAUAAAAUGACAUAAAAUAAAAAAAACUCGUGAUAAAUUUUUCAUUUGACUUUAAAAAAUAGAUUUUGAAUUACGACUACUUUGACUACUGACUUGACUUCUCAAAAAGCAUGUAUAGAAACUUAAAGACAAAAUGACAUAAAAUGAAAAAAAAAUGAUGUAGAUUUUCUACUACUUUGACUUCUCAAAAGAGUAUUUAUAGAAGCUUAUACUUUGCUAUGAAGACCAAAUCAAGCUUCUCUUUGAUUUAUUUGACAACAUACAGUGCAAGCGACAAACAGAAUCUUUAGCCGCUUAUUAUAUUUUGCCUUUGUUAUUCAACCUCUUAACAAAUUGUAUUGCAUUCCCUCUGUAAAAUAUCAUGAUGACUUUUAAAUAUGCAUUUAAGCUUAUGAAAUAUGAAUACUGUGUGCCUAACUUUUACUUCAAUACACUGAGUAUUUUUAAUUUUAUACCAAUUUUAGGAAGAUAUGUACUACUUUGUUUUUAUGGGAAUGUUAUGGAUUAGUUUGUAUUUCGUCACAAAGCAACAUAACACAUGUCAGGACCUACUAAUAUUGUAAAUGCAAAAGCGAAUGCGUUUGUUACUUAUGUGGCUAACUAAUGGAAUAUUAUUAAAUUAACAAAUAUAUUCCAAUUUAAAUUCUCUCACCUGAUGGUAAGUGAUGAUGCAGUCUAAGAUGGAAGCGGGCUAACUUGUUAGGAGUAGGAUGAAAAUCCACACCCCUUUUGGUUUCUACACGACAUCGUACCGGAACGCUAAAUCGCUUGGCGGUACGUCUUUGCUGGGAGGGUGGUACCUAGCCAAGGCCGAAACCACCCACCAGCCAGAAUUAAUUUAGCAGUUUAUGUUUAAAAUAACAAAUAUACUUUAACAUUUACAAUGUCAGUCUGAAUUAAUUAAAACUCAUUUUCAAGCAAUUUCAUGCUCAAAAAAAUUUUAGCAAUAUACAAAAAAGGCUUUGUUUAAAUUAUAGUAGUUUCUAAAUAUCAGAAUAAUUCCUUGUAUUGGCCCUUGAUCUUUGUAGUGUAGUUAUAAUCAUUACAUUUUGAUCUUUUGAAGUAGUUGUUUGUAUAAUAUUUUAAAUUAUUGAAAUAAUAUUGAAUGAUAAUAAAAUUAGACAAUGAGUACUGUACUGUGAUCUCAAAAUUGUAAUGAAAAUUCACUGAUGAAAGAAAAAACAAAUGUAAAUCUAUGUAGAUUUUUUAAUUUUGUAUAGUUAAGGACUAGAUUAACUUAAUUUAUAUACAAAAAUGGUAGUAUAAGUUUUCUUAUAAAUAAAUAGUUCUAUCAAA